GGCAGAUCAAAGAGGUUCCGGUGUUGGCUCCGCCUCACGCUCCGCUAAAUAUUAAAAAUUUAAUUUAAAUUCUAGCAACGAGCAAAAUAAAAUGUAACAAGCCAACAUAAUGAACUCUGUGACUCGAUUGACAACUUUUAGUAGUUAAUUGUCUGAGGUAAAUCGCCUCUAAAUGUUAAAAAGUUCUUCGUUAAUAACGCCAGUUCCGGCCUAAUCCCCUCCCAAGCCUUCCCAUCGCCACAAAACAACGCCGAAUUGUACCUCACCGCGGUAUAAACUAGACACUAAACCCCCAUUAACUUAUCGUCGUAGGGGUAAUAGUUAUACUUCUUUAUUUUAAGGUAACUGUAUUACAUUUUAAGAGUUAUUUAUGUACAUUUUAACAAUAUUCAGGCUCCUCAGAGCACCCAUUGGCUCGUCGUUAAGGCAGUCGUUCAAAUCCUAAAGUCGCCACUACCACCACCAUCAUCAUAAUCGAUCAUUAUCGAUCAUGAUCUAUCCACUGCUAAGUUAACAAGGCCUGUCUUCAUGUCAUCAUCAGCAUUAGCCACGGUCUAGUCAUCCCUGGAUGAAGGCAUCUUGUUAUUGGCCAUGCGUGAAGGACGAGCGUUCCAGACGGCCGCAGAAGCACAUCCAAAAGCGUGCGAUGCGGCGACCGUCUUUCUUCGAUGGCUAGCUAAAAGCCGUUGCUGCUGCUGCUGCGAGGGUGAUCGGAGUCCACGUGGUGGUUUAUGUUCCCUGACGAGAUCGGCAAGGUAAGAAACCGGACAGAUAUUGUGCCGAACAACUUGCGGUAACGACCGGAAAACACUCCGGGGGCGCUGUACGGCACAACCGCGGUAACCUACGUGCUCGGUGGCCACAGUUUUGCUCGGUGCACAGCAGUAACCUCGCCUCGCGCAUCUGUGUUUUGCGCAGCGCCCUCCCUGUGUCUCCUCUAGGACCCCUCUAGGGCUGCAGGACCUGGAGGAGGAGAGUGAGGGAAGAGGAGCGGGCAUGGCGAUGUCCGAGGCGGGCCGCGCCUUCAGCGAGCUGGGCCAGCUCCUGGGACUGGACUUCUCCGCGCGCGACCGCACGGAUGUAGCGCCCCACACAUUCCUCUUCUCGCCAAGGAUCCGGGAAGCGGCGGCGAGGGCCGGCGCAGAGGCGGAGGGUGACAUGACGCGCUGGCUGGAGGAGGCGACGCGGAGCCUGCGGCUAGGGGACCCCGUGGGGCUGCGCGCAGCCAUCGAGGCCGGGGUCGGGGUCAUCAGGGAAGGGGGCCUUGGGGUCGGCGGCCUCGGGACCGGGGCGGCGGGCGCUGGUGACCCCCGGGGCCUCCCGGCGGCGGCCGGGAGGGGGUGGCUCUUCCUGCAGCUGCUGGGCGCUCGCUCCCUGCGAGAGGCGCUGGAGCCCCUGCGGUCAUGGCGGUCCGUUCCCCGGCGUCAGCUGGCCUGCUCCGCUUUCCUUCUGGCCGCCUGCUCGCUCUCCCGGCCCGUGGCGCGGCACUUGUGGGGCGGCAGGGAGCGGGUCCUGCGGGCCCUGCUGGAGGUGGUGGGCGAGGGCGGCGCGCGGGGAGCGACGGAGGGGAGCGAGAAGGCGGCCGACGGGGGAGAAGGGACGAGCGGAGGAGAUGGUGGGGGCGGAGAGGGGUUGCUGAAUGGAGGUGGAGAGAGCGAAGGAGAGAGCGCGGGAGAGACGGACGAGGAGGGCGACUGCGACUGGGGCGCGAUCGCCGCCUCCAUGGCGGCCGAGUGCCUGCUGAACGUGUGCGCGGGAGACGCGGCGGCGCCACGGAGCCGUUUCCCUGCUGGCGCCCCCGCCGCUUCCGACGUCCCGUCCGGGCGACGGAAGAAGCCGGACGAGAAGCCGGAGGUGGUGGAAGAGGAGGAGGAGGAGGAGAAGAAGAAGACGGAGGAGGAGCCGGAGCCGCUGGCGCCGUCAGCAGGGGACGAGCGGGUGGCGUGGCUCCUGUCGGCCGGCGCUCUGCCCCACGCCUCAUCAGCCCUCGCCUCGGAGCGCCCGGCCCUGCUCAUCGCGGCGCUCAAACUCAUCCUGCUGGUGCACGAUCUGGCGGCGUGGGGCCCCGCCAAGACCCACGGCUCCCCCAGCGCUGCCGGCAGCGACGACGGCCGGCGCCAGCUGGGGCGAACUCAGGCGUCGCUGGAGCGGGCGAGGGCGGCGGUGGCGGCGAUGUCGGCAAGGCGCGCCGCCCGGCUGGCGGUGUUGGCGGGGGAGGAGGAGGAGGAGGAGCGCGGUUACCUGCGGCUCUACGUGGAGAACCGCAGCGUGGGACGCCUCGCUGGAUUCCUCACGCUGCCCGCGCCGGUGCUCGGGACGCCCGGCGCCGACCUGGGGCUGCGCUACCGCGAGCCGGCGCUGCCGGAGCCGGAGGUGGUCUGGUGCGGCCGGGCGUCGUGCGGCUCCCGUGCUGCCGGGCUACUGCGCUACCGCGUGUGUGGCCGCUGCAGGCUGCUGCGCUACUGCUCCGUGGCGUGCCAGCGGGCCGACUGGCGCGACGCCCACAGGGCUCACUGUGUGGCGCCGCCGCCGUUGCCGGCGCCCUCCGACGGGGCACAGGAUCGGCACCUCCGCGACAGCGGCCUCGAAGGGACGCCGUGAGCGGGGCACGCGCAGGCCGGCAAGACGCCGCUGGGCCCCCAUGGACCCGAAGGACCCGGGCGCCAGCCAAGGGCAGGAUAGCGUGCCGCGGUGAGCAAAGAUUGGCGCUGUGAGGACUGAAACGGGCCCUGGGCCAGCACAACAAAGAUGGUCGCUGCAUCGCGCGGCGCUUUCAAAUGCGCUUUUGCGGUCGUUGUGAACGCUCUUCCGAUAUUCGGAUGCACUGGAGCCAUGCACUUUUAAAUCAUCUAGAUUUGCAAACUCACUUCUUCAAAACUGCUUUUUGUGUUUAGUUUGUUGUCUUUCCUCCACACCUCCGAUUAGCAUGGUUGGCUACGAACGAUUCAAAAUAAGUUCAACACACAUGCAAGGAGUCGCCGUCUCCACUCUGAACUCGCAGCGUCCGCAAAGAAUGUUCCUGCGCAUGCCAAUGCAAGUGGGUGGUCACGAGCCGGUGGAUGAAACUCCACGUUCCUAUGCCAAGGACUCGGGAAACUGACAAGACCACCAAUGACUUCUCAUCCAGUUGCCAUCGGCUCUGUUUUAUUUGAAAUGAGGACGAUGCUCGUUUUACAGACCUUGGUCUAAAUUAUUUUUUAUUGCCUGCUCUGCCUUUUGCUCGUCUCACUCGAGCCGUUGAUUAAAGUUUAACUUUUUUACCGUCUCGUUAACCGCUUGUAGUCGCUUGGUAUAGAUUGAAAACUCACUUCUUCAGAACAGUUUUUUUGUGGUUAGUUUGCUGCCCUUUCUCUGUACCUCGAUGAGCACGGUUGGCUACGUACGGUGCGAAAGAAGUUCUGUCACGCCGUGUGUUUUCAUCACUCGAAUUUGAUAGGACGCAAUUAAUAUUUUAAAGUGAGAAAUGCGAAUUGUAUAGAACGCGAUAGAGUGAAUGGAACUACAUCGCACUAGUAGAAAUAAGCGGUCGUACCGCUGCCUCCGUGUAGCAUAACAAAACGCAUUGGGAUGCUGCUGGAUGCUUCAAGAUGCUGCUCCCACGCACCUCAGUCUUCGUUCAGCCUGCGUAAGCAUCCCACGUGUUAUCGCGGACUGUGCUUUACCCUGUAUUAUUUUUUAUAACACGAUUUUUCUAUAACGCGGUGUUCUUCAGGAAUGCAACUACUACCGCGUUAUGGGAGAAUAGACUACGUGCGUGCGUAUUGUCAUUGUCAUCGCCGUUGUUAUCUCGUCGGUGAGCGAGAGAUUGCCACUGCAUGGAUUGGCACGGAGCGGACGGAACCGGGCGCCAGUGAUCACGCGGCAGAAGACACGCCACAAUGGAGACACCCACCAGGCAAAAGCGCCGACUACGCGCGCAAGAAGGAAUCAACGACGCAGGGCUCCUGAAACCUCGCACCCGGAUUGUCCCUUGGGAUGGAGCAUCUCAAUUGAGAUGGGGUGGAGGAGGCAGUUUGGGAUGUUAACUACCUCGCCUGGUACGCAGGAGGGCAUUGGUUUGAUCCCGACCCUGAUGCCUGUUGUGUUCGAAUUUUUCUCCCAAUAGUCUGAUUUUUUCCUCCACAUUUUACAUCAACAUCACGCGUUCAGGGUAUUUGGCUGCUUCUAUAAACUUCCAUUUGAUAAUAAGCCACUUCUUUGAGCUGUCAUUUGUGGCCAGGUAUCUUUCUGAAAAAGGAUUAUAUACCUCGUAGGGCCAUACCUGGUAAAUUACAAAUAUUUCAUCGUUUAGUUUUACAACCUAAACACGGUAAAACAACUUGAAUUACUUAACACAAAAAUAUCACAUUUAACAAAAACGCGGUUCCGUGAAGAGUCUCCCAACGCUGCUGGUCCCGAGCACGCACGGUGUCCCGCUGCCGUGACGUUUCCAUCGGCUUGACCCCGUGACCUGACACCGGUAAAGGCGGGCCGAGCAACAAAAUGGCGGGAAAUGUCAACUGUUUUUCCAAACGGAUUUAUUGUCGACAUUACAAGACGCCUACUUGUUCCCUGUAUUUUAAAAGCCAAAAGUUGUAGGUUCGUUGUAUCAUCGGAUGUGUCUGUGAAGCUUUAUUGACACGGGGCACAAUAUUAAACGAUACUGAGGGUUUU